AUGCCUCGUGCUGGAUUCGUUGGUGAUGAGCUUGGUUCAUCGAUCAUUGGGUCACGACUAGUACGCGAUAUUAUGAACCUUUGCUUCCUAAUGGAGAAGAGAUAUGCACCUUAUCCAAAGUGGUUUGGUACAGCAUACAAACGAUUAUCAUGUGCUGCAGAGUUUGAACUAUGUCUUAAACAGGCAGCUACAGCUCAAACAUGGCAGGAGAGAGAGUUGGCACUUUCAACUGCCUAUGAACUUUUGGCAAAGAAACAUAAUAGACUCGGAUUGACCAAGUUGUUACCGGAACAUGUGUCCUCAUUCCAUGAUCGACCAUUCAAAGUGAUACAUGGAGAGCUGUUUGCCAAUGCCUUGGCCGAACUAAUCAACAAGGAUGUAUUUGGUGAUGUGAUUGACACAAUCAGACUCAUUGGUAACAUCGAUCAGAUAAGUGACAACACCGAUAUGAGAGGCAACAUCAUCCUUGCCAAGAAGAAACUAAUGUGA